AUUAAGCUCUUUGAGUUAUCUGGUUUUCACCUAUAUGAAAUUGCUUCCGUAGAAUUUACUUCCUCUUUGUGCUUCCGUAUGUUCCAAGAUGUCAAGCGCAGUUGACAAAUAUUGGAAUCUGUCAGUAGAAUAGUUUUAUGUAUCGAAGUGACAUCGCGAAUAAUUUUUAUAUGCAAAAUGCCGUACGUACUCGUUAGUACCCAGAUCAGACUGGAAAAUGGACCAACAAUGGUUGGAGAUGAAUGGAAUGAUGUGGAGUUGAUGGAAUAUCUUGGAGCUAGUCUAUGCAAAGAGCUUGGCACUAACUACAUUGAAUACCGAACCCCAGAUCCUCCAAGAGUUGUUCUGAAUAAAUUGGAAAUGAAAGGUUACUCCAUGGUAGGCAUGGCCGGCGUUGGUCAAACUUGCAUUUGGACCAUGCAUAAACCAGCAAGUAAGGAAGAGGAAUCUCUUGACAGUUUGCCCCGGAGUGUGAAUUCAAGCGAAAGUGAUUCAGAAAUAAAGGUGGAGGUUAUUGAGAAGUAAAUUCUAAAUAUAUUUGUUACUCAUUGGAUCAAAAAAAAAAAAAAAAACAGAAAACCUAUGGUCAUGUACUCACCAGUGCCCCCAUAUUAAUAUAUUUAUUUAAUUUUUUUUUUAUAUAUAUAUUUCUCAUUCAGUUUCCUCUUUUUGAUUUACAUCCAUCAUAUUUCUUGUAACCCCCUCACACAUACAUGCAGUUACAUACUGAUAGAUUUUCAUGUGAGAGUGUGUGUGUAUACAUGCAUAUCAUGAUCAAUGGGGUCUGGUGUGGCCCCUGACCGUAACAGCUCUGGUCACACUGUCCAACCCAUGCCAGCAUGGAGAACGGACAUUAAAUGAUGAUGAUAAUCAUAUAUAUAUAUAUAUAUAUAUAUAUUAUAUAUAUAUAUAUAUAUAUAUAUAUAUAUAUAUAUUAUAUAUAUAUAUAUAUACACACACACAUAUUUGCAAAUGCAAAUAAGUAUACAAAUAAAAAUGACCACUCAACACAUAUAAUGGGGAAUCAAACAAUAAUAAAAGUAUAUCUAUAUAAAUACAUACACACACACAUGUGAGCACAUAGGUACAGAAUAAAGUGAAUAAAAUAGUGUGUGAAUACCAAAAGGGGAGGAACAUAUAGUGUUUUGUUGAAGCUGAAAACUUCACAAACUGUUGCUCUGAGUUUCAUGUAACUUUAUCACCAGACAGAAGUGAACUUUUAGAACAGUACAACUGAGUAACAGUUUGUGGACUUUAUCAGCUUCAAUAAAACACUGUACACAUACACACACACACACAUAUAUUCAAGGAACAUAAUUUUUAUGAUUUCUCACAUUUCAUCUGAUUUCUUAUUAUAUCUUACUCUAACUGACUUUCUAUUUGCACCUUUAAGUGAGCUUUCUUUUUCUCUCUUUCUUGAUGGUUGAACCUUAAAUUUUUAAAUCUUCAAUUCAGUUUUCACCCACCCCAAAAUCAAUUUUUAAAAGGUAUCAUUUAGUUUCUUACAUAAUAUAUUUAAAAAAAAGCUUCUGAAAUUUCCAAUAGAAAUUUUAUUGAAUUUAAUUUUAUGUUAAAUAUGUAAGAUUUAAAGAAUUAAUUUUGUUUUAAGUGAAGAUAUAUAAUUAAGAAUUUCAGAAUUUAGAGAUGAAUGAAAAUAAAACAUAGAAGUAAUUUCAGAAGAAUGUUAAAACCUUUUCUAAAACAAUACUGCUGAAUCACAAUUUAUACUACUGUAAGAAAUAAUAAUAAUAAUAAUUUUAAUUUUAAUAAUAAUAAUAAUAAUGAUAAUUAGUAAGGAUUUUGAGAUUGGUGCUUGGGUGUUGAAACUUAACAUCCAAGUACCUAGUCUUAUAAUUUGCUUAAGAAACACUGUGCAUCCUUUGACAACAGGCUUUCACAGAUUCAACCAGAGCAAGUAAGACCGAGAGCUCUGAGAAGUAAAAUAUAAUAAUACUAAUAAUAAUUUUUAUCUGGGCACAAAGCCAACAAUUUUGAUGAGAGUGUGUUAGUUGAUUGCAUCAAUGUCAAUAUUUGACUGGGUCAUUUAUUUCAUGGACUACCAAAUAGAUGAAAAGCAAAGCUGACCUCACCAGGGUGUGAACUCAGAAUAUAAAGGGCCAUAUCUAAAUAAUGAUGAUGAUUAUUACAUUUGUUCUUAACAUAGACACUAGGCCAGAAAUUUGAUGGGAAGGGUUAGCCAAUUAAACUGAUCCCACCUCAGUACUUGACAGAAGUACCAGUCGAGUUAUGGGGUCAAAUAUAGUGAUUAACUCCUCCCCUAAAAAUAGCUAGCCCUGCACCUAAAUCAGAAACCAAACAACAACAAUAAUAAUAAUAUUGACUAUACACAAAUUUUCCAGGGUAGUACAUAGUCAAUUGACUCAACCUCUGUAUAUUACUGAUACCUAUUUUAUUCACAAUUGAAGAAUUAAAAAGUAAAGUCAGCUUCGGUAGGUUUGAACACAGAACAUGAGGAGAAAUGGUAGUCUGCAAGACUAAGUGGUGUCCAGUAUUUUGUUUUGUUUCAACAGUAAAGUUAAUAGUUAUUGAAUGUUGUUGUCCACCCCUUCCUCUCUUCCUUUCUCUUCAUGUCUGCAGCUUACUUUGGAUAAUUAUGGAAUUGUUAAAUUCUGAAAGACUUAUAUAAAAUGUAAACCAUUGUUAUCACUGAAUAAUUAGUUGUGUU